AUGCCCAAGGGACACUUCAACAUCGACACGGCCCUGCGCCCACUGUGGCCGCUGCUGAGCCCGCGCGUCGCCCCGCUCGUCGCGCUCCUCUUUGCCUACCGCGCCCGGCCGGACCAGCUCUAUGCGGCGCUGCAGGAUGCUCGUGUGGAGCCCCGCCUCACCGACCGCCUUCGCACCCUCAUCAAGGGACUGUACGACGUGGUCAAGGAUCAGCGCUGGAUCCGCCUCUACCUCGUCGUCUCGCUCGUCGGCGUGCUCCAGCGCACGCUGACGCGCCUCAUCGUCGACCGCGCUCUGUAUGCGCGCAAAAUCGAGUGGAGCAAGCACGUCGUCGUUGUCACCGGCGCCGCACGGGGCAUUGGCGAGGCCGUCGUCGUCCAGCUCAAGCAGCGUGGCGCCCGCGUCGUCGCAAUCGACAUGGCGGACAAGUCGACGCUGGGAAAGGAGGACCUGUACGUCAAGUGCGACGUCACCGACGAAGAGGCCCUGCGAGAGGCCAGGCAGCUGGUUCUUCGCGAGCUCGGCUUCCCGACCAUGGUUGUCUCUGCCGCUGGGCUGGCGAGGCACUCGUUUGUCUGCGACCCACCUCACCUCUUUCCGUCGUCGUACGCCACGAAGCUGCACGACAUCAACCUGUCGGGCACCUACAACUUUGUCAAGGUGUUUAGCCAGGACAUGCUGGCCGACUACGACGAGGAAGUCGAGCGCCCGCGAAACGGCUUUGGCGGCCACAUUCUCCUGAUUGCGAGUGGCGCUGCAUUCAUUUCCCUGCCCGGAAAUGCGUCCUACAAUUCAUCCAAGGCUGGCGUCUACUCGCUCAGCCAGACGCUUGGCUUCGAGCUCGAUGUCUGGCACAAGACGAACAAAGUCCGCAACUCCGUCGUCUGUCCUCUCAUGGUCGAGUCGGAGAUGACGCGCGGUCGUAUGGCACCGACAAGGGAUCAAUUCCUGCUGCCCACGCUCACCGUCGACGAUGUCUCGCAGGCCAUUGUCAGCACGCUCGAGUCUGACCGGUCUCAGACGGUCAUGCUCCCAGCAGCACUCCACAUCGCUCAGCCGCUCGUCCAGGUCCUGCCAACGUGGAUGCUCAGGCUUGUCCUCAAGGGCACGCACGCCGCCCAGGACACCUUUGUCGGCUACGCCGCAAAGAACCGAUUCGCGCCGGCCAACAGCUAG